UCUCUCCUGCACUGGUUAUGCCAUCCUGAGCCUAAGAGAGAGCAGAGGAAGCAACAGAGCCACGCGGCUUUGUUUCCAUCUUUUCGGCCAGCCUCUCCAAUGAAUCAGCGCCAGAAAACAACCUUAAAUUCAGCAAACUUCAUCUCAUUUUAAAAUCAAUUAACAGUAACAUAAGUAACUGUAAAUGCAAGUUUGAAGUUGACCUGGAAGCAAGAGGAUAAAUUAGCUUAAGGAUUUAAUUCAUACAGACCUUGAAAGCGAUUAGCAGAUAUUGAGGUAACUUCUAAAACUCGAUAAAUGGCCUAAAGUACUGAGUGUGCUUGAUGCAACAGUCAAAGAUGAGCAUUCCAACUAAUUUUCAAGGGCUGAGAGUCAGUGUCGAAAGAGGAGAAAAGGUUGGAAACAAAACCAAUUUCCGCUCGUCCGGAGAUGAUAACGCCAAUCAAAUAACCUCAGUCUCUGACCAAGAAGAAGCGGGUCUGAUUCAGGUCACAAGGUACAACACAGGCUCUAUUCCUCCAUUGGUGCGUCAGAGUGAAUCUCCAGACAAAAUUGUGAUCUGGGGUUCAGAGCAGCAAUGUGUGGUGCCUGAGCUCAGAGAGUUCGAGAUCCACACAUUCUUGGGAAGUCAGGAGGAGAAUAACGAAGAGGAAGAUGACGGAGAGAGCAUGAGAGAUGGAAAGGAUGAGGGUCCAAUGUCCAUAUCCUCAAGUUCAACAGCCAGUUCAGCUUCUACUGGUGUAAGGAGAAAUGAUGACCAAAGCAGGGAAGAGAGCAGUAAGAGGAAGGAGAAACGCAUUGCCUGUCACAGUGUUGAGGAGCUUGACACAUAUUUGUCAGGUUCAGAAGAGAAAAAUGACACUAGAUCAGGCAGGGCGAGACUGACGGGGUGUCUGAAGGAGUCGAAGUCUGAGACAAAUGUGUUUGUCUCCAGUCUGUCAACUGUUGCUCUUAGUGGAAGUCUGUCAUCUGCUCUGGAUUCCAGUGGUGAAACAUGUCUUAUAUCUCUAUCUAGCCCCAAAACCAACCCUUUUCCUAACACCAACAAUCCUACCUCAGCCCAGUCCAGCAAAAGGGCAGCUUCCUUAGACACCAAUCAGAACUCCCCACCAUUCCAUCCUCAAGAAUAUGACUGUCCACAAUACUAUAGUCAGGAGCAGAGACAGGAGGAAAGGGGUCAUCAUAGAAAUGGAGUUUCCCAUGAAGGAGGCCUUGGCCAAAGGAGAAGAGCUGGAUUUGAAGAGAGGGUGCUGCCACCUCGACGUCAGCAGCUCGUCAGACCCCUCUGCCAGACAGAGAUGAUCAGAGAAAGAAGCUUGCCAGAACCCAAAACUCAGCAAACUAAAACAGUACUGCCUUCCUCUAUUGAUGCAUCUCCAGAGUCACACAGCAGUAGGUCAAACAAAAAGUUUACAAAAUCUGCUUUAAGGGAACCAUCAGAUCUCUCCCACCUUUAUAACUUGAGUAGUGUUUCUCAUCUUAGGCAGCCCAACCAAGCAUUCCAGAGGGAGACACCACCCAUGGAAAAACAGCCAACUACACAACAUUUGUCUGGUCCCUCUAACACACCCAUAAUAGACAAGAAACCCCAGGCUCAGCUCAUUUAUAGAAGGAAUAGCUCUAGUCCCAGCAAGACUGGGAUUGAAUCAAGGUCAUCAACCCCUCCUCAAUCCCCCCUCAGGACACCACAGGGCUCACCAUGUCAGCAGCCCUCAAUGUACCUCAUUUCCAGGAAUGUCUCUGGAGCUUCUAGGCACGUCCCAUCAGGAUGCAACCCAGCUGUACCAACCUCAGCUCAGGGCUAUGGCAACAGUUGCUUAAGAGCUCCGGUGAAAACUAAUAUAAGCACAAGUGGAAUCCCAAAAGCGCCUCUUUGCAUCCAACAGAGCUCCACAAACUGUAACCCCAAAGAGAACUCCCCAUCACCUAAACUUAAACCUAAAGGAGUCCGUCCCAAAAUAAUAACUUCUGUCCGAAAGAAUCCUCAAUUGAAGCUCCAGGCUGCUGAUGGACCUUAUCAGGUCUCCUCUCUGCCAUCCAGGCUCUCAACCUACACCCACAGCCAACCAACAGUGGCCUUAAAAGAUGCAUCUAAAGACCCCUCCAAGCCUGAGACAGAAACCCAAGGAGCCAGAGUACUUAGUGCCUCCAAUCCUCUAUAUGAUAAAUACCGCCAAGGGAUGCAGGUGAACAGUUUCCAACCAGCGAUGCAAAACAGGAGCCUCAGGGCUCCUGGACACACAAACACAGUUCCUCCUGCACAUGCAUACAGCCACAAUGCAUCCCCGAAACUGAGUGGCCGGGCAGAAAACUACUAUGGAACAUCAACUGAGGUGGAGCGCUCCCACAGUUUCAAAGGCAUCUCCUCUGAAGAUGCAAUGCAAGGCAGGACAGCUACACAGACCGGGGGAAGUGGCAGUCUCAUUCGUUCAAGCAGAGGACUUCGUUUGGGUCUCGGAGCCGUUACCAGGACAACUGCAGGUUCAAUCAAAGCCCGAGGACCCAGCCCAGGACAGAGGUCGACACCAGGCUUCAGCCAACCGAUCCAAACUGUCAGCCCAGCAAUCAAUCACAAAAACCAAGACAACACAGAUGACCAGGUUAUAAGCCACCAAGCUCCUGCUGUUCCUCCUGCUGCCACAACAGCAUCCCAGCCCCCAUCCACAGCCUCCAGAUCUCCGCUUUCCAAAUUCAGUCAGUCAGGGUUGCGGCCUCCAGGUUUCUCCUCCAACCGUCUCCCAGCAGGUCGCCUGGCAGCCUUUGGUUUUGUCAGGAGCUCCAGCGUCUCCUCAGCCUCCUCAGCCCAUUCCGCUGACAGUGCACAGAGUGAUCCCUGUAGGACAGCUCAUGGUGUGAAUGUGAGUGAGGAGCUUCCGCUUCACAGAGUGACAAAGAGCCCUCCGCUGAUAGAUCAACAUAGAGGGCCGCCAUGUCGCAGCAGCAGCGGCCUCCAACCUCCUUCUACCCCGGUGUUGCCACGGCGUUACCUGCCACCCCCGCCAAAAAGCUCCCCUGGAGUUGGCAGGAAGGAGUUUCAGCGGAGUUUAGAGGUCACACGUUCUCUCCCUUCUUCCCCUAAGAGGCUAGCCGUUGUUCCCCCUAAGCUGCAGUCUCCAGUCCAGCCCGGGCAGCGACCUGCAGCAGCAGUGAGGGGUUCCACUCCCACAGGGUCACCACGCCGUGUGGCCCCCCUGAAACCUCAGCAGGAGAGCCUGCAGAGAGAGAAUGAAGAGGCUCAGAAGAAAGAGCAAGAAAAGCAAGCAGAUGAGAAGAAAAGGAUGGAGCAAAGGGAGGAGGUUCAAAGGCUGCAGAGGCACUGUGAGCUCCAGGAGAGGCAGCUGAAGGCUCUGAGAAAUGAGCUGAGUAGAGCUUCUCUUGGUCUAGAUGCCUUCAUAAUCACUACUCAGCAUUACUGCCUUAAGAAUGAAACUGCUGAGAAAGGUAAAAGAAAAUUAUCCCUGGAGUUACAGAAGGCUAAAGAGGAGAUGACCUUCCAGUCAGUGCGCUGGGAGAGACUCCAGCAGGACAAAACAGCCCUGGAGGUGGCCUUUGAACGCGAGCUGCAGGAGCUCCAGGUGCAGCAGGAGGCAGAGCUGGCUGCUGUAGAGGAGAGCCUCAGGAAGUGUCACGCUGCUGAGCUGGAGCACCUAAAGGAGGAACACCGGUUGGAGAUGGAGGAGCUGACGACUCAGCAGCAGGAGCAGAUGGAGGAGGUGACAGUUAAUCAUCAAGCAGCCAUGCAGGAGCUCAGAGACAUGCAUAAUAUUACCAUGGCAACACUGCACGAGGAACAUGCCCGUACCAUGAGAGACUUGAGAAAAGCUCAUGAGCAACAGAAGCUCCUUCUAGAGGAGGAUUUUGAAAAACUGAAGCUUUCUUUACAGGAUCAAGUGGAUACUCUCACAUUUCAAAACCAGAGUCUAAAGGAAAAAGCCAAACGCUUCGAGGAGGCUUUGAGGAAGAGUACAGAUGAACAAAUCAUUGAUGCUUUAGCUCCAUACCAGCACAUUGAGAAAGAUCUGAAGAGCCUGAAAGAGGUUGUUGAAAUGAAAAACCAACAAAUUCACCAGCAGGAAAGGAAGAUCUCUGACCUGGAGAAAGUGCAGGCUCAAAAGAACGUGUUCCUGGAAGAGAAGAUCCAAGUUCUGCAGCAGCAGAAUGAAGAUAUGAAGGCUCGUAUAGAGAUGAACGUCGCUAUGUCUAGGCAACUGUCAGAGAAGAACGCCAAUCUGCAGGAGUCGGUGGAAAAGGAGAGCACAGAGAAGAAGCGCCUGAGCCGCAACAAUGAAGAGCUGCUGUGGCUUCUCCAGACCAGCCCCCUCAUGUCCCCGGCUUCAUCCCCGCUCCACCGCUCCUCCUUCUCCACCUCCCCCGUUCCCUCCUCCCCACUAUUCUCCUCAUCGCCCUUGGCAGGAUGCGACUCGCCCACCCACUGUCAAGGCUGUCCCAGACAGGCGCAGCACUGCUCACCGUCCCACAGAAGUGUCAUCAAUCAGAACCUCUCUCCCGGACCAGCCACCCCCACUCAUAGGGCCGCUGUCAAUUACAACUACUCCUCUGGGCCGAACACACCCACUCACAGGCCGCUGUCAGGUCGCUGUAAUUCAAACACCUCUUUGCAAAACUAAAAUCAGCUUUCAAAACACACAUUCCUUCCUCAGUACUCCAAUUCUUUACUUUCUGACAGGAAUGGUAUGUAAAAGUAACUUAAACCGGUUACCAGAAUACUGUACACACACUGUGAACCACCAGUCUUGUGGUGCUCAUUAUACAGAGAUUCUAUAAGAUGGACAUACACACAACACAAAAAAGGCUGGCUGCAGCUACAUCUUUCUGUCAGAGAUCCAUGUUUGUCUUCAUGUAUUUUCAAAUACACUGUAAGUACUAUUAAAUAUUAGAGUAGUUGUUGUUGAUAGUUAAAGCUCUCUUGCAUGUGUUCUGUGCAGCGUGAGAUAGAAAUAGCACAUUCUGAUCACCGGAAUAUGAUGCUCUGGUGUGGUAAAAAGAUGCACAUAGUCACACACACACAUAUCCCCAGUUAAAUAAGCUGUUCUCCGUCAGAAUAAUCUGUCAAUCAAAUUUCUGUUCUCAGUUCUCUCUUUGCAUCUGGACAAAAACAAAGCGCCUUAAACUUGGUCCUUCCUCCUCACCAGCAGACAGCGACCAACGUUUUAUUUAUAAGGGACUUUUGAUCAAAAAUUGGUUUGUAAAUUGAAGCAAUUUGCCUCCUCGACUUAUAUUGGAGAGUUUCUAAUUAGCUCAAUGCUGAUAGUGUAACCUCCUGGGAGCCAUGUUACUUGUAAAAUACAAAGAACUUUGUGUAUUUUUUACAGCCUUGCCAGGUCUUCCUUUCUUAAAAUGAGCUCCUCUCUAUUUCAGGUCCCUCAGGUCAGCUUUCAAAAUCUCUGUUUGCUGUUUUCUAUGUACCUCAGUGGGAAUGUGCAUUCUGUUGUGUCACAACAGCAGAAGCAAAAACGCAACCUAACAGUUAACGGAGAGCUCAGAGCUAAGGAAAGCCUAGCACAGGAUUUACUGUUUUAAUUGUUGUCUGUGUCUUUAUAGUACAACGUUUAUAUCUGAUUUAUUUAUUACAUCGGAUUUGCUAAUUAAGCAAGCAUGUACAGUGGAAGUCUUCCAGUUUUAGUGUAAAACAUAUUAUUGCUGUAAUUUGUUUAUUGACGCUGAUAUGUUUAGAAAACAAUUGUGUUUGUAAUAUGUCUUAUGGGACUAAAGUGGAAUACAGCAUGCGGUAUUGGACCCUAGGGUGCGGAUAACCUGGGUAUCCUGAGCAUAUGAAAUAGUGCAGUGGCUUGUAUGUGCAAAAAUAUUCAAAUCCCUCAAAACCUUUUAGAUUUAUUGCAUCUAUAAGUGAAAUUUGUUUUUUAUUGGGAUUGCUUGUGAUAGAGCAGCACCAAGAAUUCAGAUUUAACCUGAUACCUCUAAAUAAACAUUCAGUGAAAGUAGUGUAGAAGUUACCCUUUACAGAGUUGCUUAAAGUUAUUGUCCUGCUAGAAGGUCAAUGCCAUCUCAACAACCAAGUUUGUGUGCAGCCUGCAGUGCAUUUUACUCCCAUUAGUAUGUCCAUAAACUCGGUCCAUCCUGAAGAAAAGUAUUUCCCAGCAUGAUGCUGCCACCAUCAUGUUUCACUGUGGAGACAUUGGCUAUCUCUCUACACUCAAAAACGUCGGCCCUAUCCCCCCUUUACAGAGCAGGGACUAUAUAGUGAAAUUUAUGGUGAACCCAGACAGAGGAUCACUACUUUUCACUCCACAUUGGUCAUGAGACUCCAGCUCCCAACAUGGUGCCUAUGCAAUCUUUGUACUCUCUCAUCCCCCCUAAAAAACCAUGAUGUUUUGUGAGCAGAGCUCUUGCAAAGCAUUCUGGGAUAUAUAUCUGUUCGUCUAGUGACCAUUGAUGGACACUACCUUUCAAGGUGCAUUGUGGGAAAUUUUGAGUCCACUACCUUUUCAUCCACUAGACAUUGGGACACAUAAAAUAGCAUAACCCCUACUUAUAGCUCUUGGCUCUUUCUGUUUGCUUUAUCCUUUAAAAGUUGGCUUUCUUAUUGCUUUUCCUAAACAUUAACCUCCAUCUUACCACUUUUCUAUAAAUGCUAGAUUUAUGGAUUGAGUGAAUGACAGAUUUCUAUAUAUUCUCGCACUUGAGCUGUAGGUCUCUACAGCUCCUCCAAAGUUGUGCCACACUCUUCAUUUUAAGAUGAUGGCGAAAACAGUGAUGUGUGCAAAGCUUUUCUGAUUUUUGGAUUCCAUUUUAUAAUUAUGUUCUUCUUUGUGUUGUUCUAUCACAUAAAUCCCAAAUAGAUAUAAUAAAAUUGAUAGCUUUAUUUGACAAAGAGUUAAAUGGGCCUGGAUAUCUUUUGCAAAGUACAGUAGCCAUAAAACAUGAAUGCACAGUGUGUUACUUCGUAAAUGAAACUGAUUCGCCUACAGAUGCAGAAAACUCUGCAAAUCACUGUUCUUAGAUAAUGCUCUGAGGAGGCUUUUAAUUAAGUGUGUCUCUAAAUUAUGUAGGUAAAACAUAGAACCCUGUUUAUCUUUUUGUGAUGUGCUUAAUUAGGGUUGUAGAACAUUAUUUAUUGUACCUCUUCUCAAUCAUUUUCAAGAUACAUCUCAUAUCCAUUUCUCUUUUCAACAUGCUAGAAUAAAUCAUCAGAAGUAUCUAAGUUAUGAUUUAACAUAAAACAUGAUUAGUAUUUAAAAAGAUAUUCCAAAGUUGCUCUACAGCUCUGAGGAAAAAAACACACUACAUCUACCAACUGUGAAUUUUAUUCAUAUUUAUCAUUUAUUAUUAUUCAUCAUUGUGUCAUAUCCACAUCCUGUUAUGUAAUCUGCCCACUAUAGUACCCUCAGGUUCAUGAUGUUUUGUUUUUUAACAAAUCAUUGAAAAGACUUUUAUCCACAAAGCUAAUAUAGUCUAACAUUCACGCAAGAUUAACCGCUGUAAAUAAAGUCAGAGAGUCAGUGUAAACCAUUCUAUUAUUGAGGGGAGCAUGCAUUUGGGUUAGUAGCUCAUAUAGGUGUAUUUAUAGUUAAACAGACGUGAGAAGGGCCCUGUGUGGGCAUUAUGUGUUUUUAUCAUGUAGAUCUGGCACUUGUUUAACAGAACUAUCUGGCGUACUUGUGCUGCAAAAUGCAGAGAAAAUAUUGACCAGCACACUUGAUUUGAAUGUUUCCAGCUCGGCAGGCGAGCUGCAUGUGAAAUGAUUAUUGAGACAUUUAGUGACAAUAAUGCUCUCAACAAAAAGAAUUGACACUCCUGGUAAAGAUGCAUGCAAAAGCCUUAAGAAAAAUGGUUGCUAUGAAAAUAAUUGCUGCUUUUUCCAGUAAACUUUUUUAACAAAUUUUUGGUCACUUUUUUGAAGG